AUGCCAACCUACCUUCUGUUGCAGCCACUUGACAAGUUCCGAGCGAUAGUCCGCCUGGUCAUCUACCUCCAACGUUUCAUGGCCGCCAUCAUCGACAACUGCAGUGACCUCACCAUGCGAUCUGCCAACGAGCUUCAGUGGAUGACUGUCUACGCAGAAAAACAUGACAUCACGCUUGCCUUCAAUAAACACCUGUAUUCCAGAGACAGA